GAGCUAUUCACCCUAGAAACAACCUGUUUAUAUUUUCUAAUGAAGAGAAACAAGAUGUACUUUCCAUGUUGGAGUAUAAAAAACAAACAAACCCCUCUUUUCCUUGUCUGUGGGAACUGGGGAAGAGGAGUUGUUCUUUAAGUAACCUUUCCGAUUUGCUGAGUUUGUAAUUUAUUUUUUGUCAUGUCCCAUAUUGUGCAUCUCCUUUUUUCCUCAUAUUUUGUGCUGCUAGAGGAAAAAUGCAUGAAAAAAGAGGCUUUGAGCCUUAAUUGGGAAUUCUUAAUGCUGUCGUACAAACAAUAUCACUGCUACAUGGUGUUGUCAGAAAAGGCGUUCACAAAGGGCAUACAUACUGCAGUCCAUGCUUGAUGUUCACAUCGGUGAUGAUGUGAAGUUCACAUGUACCCAACUCUUAAUAGUAGUGCAGAGCCAAAAAAGUUAAAUAACUUCUAGUCUUUGCAGAAUGUUGGAAAGUAACCUGAAUGUGUCAUCACAAAAUGAACAAUUUCUUUUUUAUUGUUGUCUUUUCAGAAGUUGCGUAGGACAGCCUUGUCAUGGCUUGAGGCUGUGAUUAUGUCAGUUUCCUGUUUGAACAGCUCUUCCAACUUUGCCUGUUCACCGAAACAGUGAUUUGGCUGCCAUUAAACACAGUAUGUGGGUACUUGGACUAAAGAACAAAGUGUUUAAAAACUUAGUCACCAUGUGAUCUGUAUGCCAAAAUGGUGCUGUAAAGGAAGAUACUGAAAAAGGAGCCACGUGCUCUUUCCUUGGAGUGCUAUCAAGGGGUUACAAUUACUGUCAUCUCUAAGAGCUGUUCUGGUGUCUUAACAGCAGCUGGAGGGAGAAGCUGUAAGCUGGCUGCUUUCGAGGCCAUUGGCGAGGUGCAAUGCGUGCAUAGGGCCAUGGAGCCCAGGCUGGGCCUCGCCUGUGCUGCAUCGGUUGCUGCAGGCAGUAACUUGAGGACCUUCAGAAGUUGCUGUGAUGAUACCUUAUAUCUCAGCCGGUCUGGUUUGUGUGUGUGGAACUGCGUUUGCUUACCAAGUGCUUAAAAUAAGGGUUGUGGGCUUUGUGUGAAUGUCUUUGAGUCUCUAAAGCGAGGUAGCCUGUCCCUGCUGUUUGUUAGCAGCUGCGCCAUUUACUUGGUUGCAAGGCCGGAAUCUCCACUUGUGCUCAUGUCAGCUGAAGGGAACGGUGCAGGCACACCUGUGGGCAGCGCUUGGCCUGACGUGUUAUUUGGAAGGAACUUAGCUUGACUUCUGUAUCCCAAAUUAAUUUUGUAAGAUUGGCAGCUUGGAAACAGUUUUACUUACAACAGUUGAUAAGGACUCAUUAAUACCAAAAAAAACCCCAAACAAGGGUACCAGCUGGGGUCAGGCACACAGCCCAGUACCCUGUUUCUGAUGAGAGGAAAUAGUGGUUGCUAAAGAACAGGUGCUGUGCUUUCUUGGGGCUGUUGUGGUUUGGUUUUCACUAAGUGACAAUUCUUUGCUCCUCUCUCUCUCUGAAUCUGACCCCCGGGUGUUUUUCAGAGGCAACAGAGCUGGUGUGUUGUUUUUCAUAGCGGAAUUUCCACUUUGUAAUUUCUGACUAGCUCUUUGUUCUAGAGUCUAGAUAAUUAAACAACUGUUUUUAAACACUGCCACUAUUCUACAGUUAAUUUUAAAAAUGCUGUUACAUCAGAAUACUUUUUAACACUUUAUCUAGAAAUGUUUUAUCAUUCUUUAUUUUGUUGUGGUUUGUUUUCAUCUUCUUUCAUCACUAAUCCACUAAAGGAACUAAAUAUUUAAUGGUGUUCCUACACCAGAGGGCAAAGUCCUAGCAUCUUAAGCUGCUUUGAAAAAGCUGGGUGUAUGUAAUCCCGUGUGUCACAAUGACACAUGACGGGCUUUGCAGAGCACGCAAUGGGGGUUGUCCUGUGGGCAGGUUCUCUGAAUUGGUUGUUGGUGGCUUCUUGAGAGACUGCGUUGGAGGUACCAGCCAUGCCUGUCAGGUCAGCCAGCUGGAACAGCACAGGUGGCACUGGGAGCUGGCUGCUCCUGCCAUUCCCUGUGACCCUGAGAGGUGUCCUGUGGUCCUGAAGUCUGCAGUGGGCUCUUCCUGGCUGUCCCCCUGCAAAGUGUGGCACAUCAAAUAUUUCUUCCACUCUGAAUGGAAGAAAACGUCAAGCACUCAGCUGGGCUUUUUUGUUAAUAUACCGCAGUGGCAUGUAGAAAACGUCUCUAAAAUGGAUCUGAGGAAAGAGAUAGUCCUUCCUUCAGUGAGUUUCAAGUCCCGCAGGGACUGGGUGCAGAGCUCUGUAGAUUUAUGCAGAUCAAAGCAUGUCCUUUUCUGCUGGGAGACUUCAAUGCCAGAACUUGCCUACCCAGCAGAUGCGUGAAUAUGGCAGCCCAGACCUCCUGACUCAUUUUACGCUACAUGACCCUGAAAGAUCUGUCUUUACUCAGCCUCAGGGAGCAGCAAUAUAGGUGCAGUUUGUUAGCCUUGAUUAACUACAGAAUGAGGCGGGGGGGAAGGGGUGUGUAUGGUAAAUAUCCAAAGUACUGUAGAAAUAUUUUGAAGCACUGAAGAAAGUGAAGGCUCUAGAUUAUAAACAGUAGUGGAUACAAAAUAUUUUUAAUGACCAGCUACAGCAACGUUUGCUGCACCAUUCUAGUAGUUUGACAAUCAAGUUCUUCGUUGCUAAUGGUAAUUUUGCCAAGAUCUGUCUGCAGGGUUGUGGGUGGUCCGAGUGCUGGAGAAAAGAGCUCGCUCAGAUCUUCAGCAAGGACUGGUUAUGGGGCAAUUCAGAGAUCACUGUCUGAGCGAGAGCCCCCUGCAAGCUUCUACCUGUCCUUGCUAGCACGAAAUUAUCUCACCCACCUUGUUAUAAAUUGCCUGCAGUAACAAGCUGAACAAUGUGAAGUCAAACCUCAAAUACCAAAUGGUGGAACACUGUAUUCCUGGAGCAGGUUAUAUAAAGAGUGUUCUGUUAAACUCACUGUACUUCCUUUAUGUGGACUGAGGAAAGAUAUAAUGGGGAUGUGACUUACGCAGCCAGUUGCCUCAUGGACGCCUGCCUUUUCCAAAGUGGCAAAGGGAGUACAAUAAGAGCUACAUAAGUAACUUCUGUGUGGGCCGGCUGCUUUUGAAACCUCAGCCAGCACACUUUCUCUUUAUACAGCCAUGAUUUUUCUAACUUCAAGUAGUGUUCAGUCACCCAUUUUAUUUCUUAUUAUCUCUGCAGAACUGUCUUCUAGAUUGUCUCCAGUACAUAGUCAGGUAUGAAUUCUUUGGUGUCAUGCUCUUCCUUGUUAAUAAGUAUAAAAAAUAGUAUAAAGAUAAAUAAUUUGUUUGUUCCUUAUCCUUGCACGUGAAAGUCUGUCCGGUGAUCCGAUCCAGCAUGCAAAGACUGAAAGAUAAUUGAGUGACUUUGUCUUAUUGAACUCUGGACUCUCUUUUUACAUAGCAACGAGUGCUUUUGUUUAUUUGUUGUACUCUAUGUCAUGUUUCUUAUCACAGCCCCUAGCUCUGCCCACAUGUAUUGCCUUAAUUUUGGUACAAGUCAGGGAAUGCUAACAGUACAGCAAACACUAUUACUUCUGAACAGCAGUGCUGUCUGAAAUACUAAUACUGGUUUAUUUCAUUGGUGAAAAAUGGAUCAAACAGAUUUAUCACGGCCAAAGUCUUAAACAAUGCAACAAAUGUCUAAGCUCCUAUUCAGACACAAAAAAGGCACUCUUGUUUCAGAGGUGCUCAGGACUUAAAAGAGGUCAGUGCACAGUGCUUGUUGAUCAGACUGCUUUACUAAAAGCCUGAAUAGUUGCUUAUGUAGGGAUUUGGGAUACUAAGUUGAGAAUCUUGGUUUAUAUGCCCAGAGGUCACUGAAAGGGUGGGCUUUUAGGUGCUUUGGGGCUUCUUCAGUAAAAUUUCUAGCAAAAUAAAUUAUUUUGAGGUUUGUAAAAGUCUCCUUGUAAUAAUGUUAUUCUGUAUGUUACUACAGAUCAGAACACCUUAAGAGGUGUUUAUUAGAUGAGAAAUUUUAAGUGGCGGAGCUGGCUAGUCUGAAGUUUUGAAGGAUGCAGUUUUAAAAUUCUGCUUCUCCCUCCCAUGCAAUACCUGAUUUGCCAUGUGGCUGCUUACAUUGCCCAGCUUGGUUUUUUGCUAUACUAAAUUCUGUGAAAUUCUUUGAGAUCGUUUUUAUACUUCCCUUUGUUUUACUUUCCAGAAGGCAGGUAAUGUAUCAGAGCCAGCUCACUGUUUAACUACUGUCUCAUAGGUAGGAAGAGAGGAAGAAAAAAAAACCAACAGGAAAGGGAGAGUGCGUCACAUUGGAGGAGGAGGGUAGCAAAGAAAAAUGAGCUUUCUUAAACAAAUUGCGUGCAGAAGGACAGGCUGCCAGGGCUGGGGUGCUUCUCAGCGGGGGGCUCGGCUCUCUUCCCUGUGGGCCACGAUGCAGGAAGCAGCUGGCAUCCUGAAAGAGGGCUUCCUCGUCAAACGGGGACAUGUUGUUCGUAACUGGAAAGUGAGAUGGUUCGUUCUGCUCCAGGAUAAGCUGCUGUAUUACAAAAUUGAAGGAGGCAAGAAGGAGCCUUCUCCAAAGGGCAGGAUCCUUUUGGAUGGCUGCACUAUUACUUGUCCGUGCUUGGAAUAUGAGAACAGACCGCUACUCAUCAAACUGACGACAAAAACCAAUACAGACUAUUUCCUUGAAUGUUGCUCCAGGGAGGAGCGAGACUCUUGGGCUUUGGACAUCACUGGAGCUAUUCAUGCUGGGCACCCAGUACAGGUCCAAGAGCUUCACAGAAUGAAGAACUCUUUCAAACUCCUAGAGAAUAUCAGCCUUCACCACAUUGUGGACAGAAUGUGUGACAGCAGUACUGGAAUUAAGUUGACCCGCAACUUGGAGCAAGGCAACAGAUACAAAGAGACUUUCAGAGGUUCUGCCCUGGUGGACUGGCUCAUCUCCAAUAGCUUUGCUGUGUCACGAUACGAGGCCAUCACCUUGGCAUCUAUGCUGAUGGAGGAGAACUUCAUCAAGCCCGUGGGAACCCGCAGCACUGAGGCCACGCGCUACAGCAACGUCUCUGAGCAGUUCCUUGACGACUCCACCGCGCUGUACAUGUUUGCUGAGAGUGGUAAGAAAAACAUCAGUUCCAAGGAAGAGCUACAAUUUAACAUCUCGGAAUUAAGCGGCACGAUUGUAAAGCAAGGAUUCUUAGUGAAACAGGGGCACAAGAGGAAAAACUGGAAGGUGAGAAGAUUUGUUUUGAGAGCUGAUCCUGGUUUUUUGCACUACUAUGACCCCACUAAGGAAGAAAACAGGCCAGUAGGUGGAUUUUCUCUUCGUGGCUGUCUCGUUUCAGCUCUGGAGGACAACGGAGUCCCAGCAGGAGUGAAGGGCAACGUGCAAGGCAACCUCUUCAAAAUCAUCACAAAAAAUGACAUUCAUUAUUAUAUCCAGGCCAGCUCCAAGGCAGAGCGAGCUCAGUGGAUUGAGGCAAUCAAACCACUGACAUGAGUAAGGUGGCCUCCAUGCCAAAUGACAAGUCACAUUUGUGACCAAGUUGUCUGUUCUCAUUGUCUGGGAGUGUUGUUUUUCCCCUUAGUCUAUUUUUGUUAUUUGUAUCACCACAGCACCUAGGAAAUCCUGGCAGCAAGCAUCCUAGGUGCCUAGGAGUCCUGUAGAUCCAGAAUAAUUCCCCACCAAGAACUUGCAAUCUAACCAAGAGACAAAAGACAACAGGUGGAUACAGACAAACUAGGCUUUGCAAAAAAACCCCAAUGAGAUAUAGUAUUCCAAGAUGGAAUAAAAGAAUUCUUUUGUACAAGUAUUCAGUCGAUAUCUGACAGAUUCAGGUUGUGCUUUAUCCUAAAGCAGAAAUGUCUUGCUCCUUUCCCCUUUAAAAAGGGGCUCAUAAACUUAAGAAGUUAAGACUGACUGAGUCAAAGUUGUGAAGGGUCCUGGUGUCUGAGGCUGCCUUUCUUGGUAUACCACAAGAGGCUUAUGCUAAGCCACAAUACAGCUGCCAGGAUAAUCACUAUUAUGAAAAAAAACCCAACAGGGGUCAGGCUGGAAAAACCAAAGGAUCCUCCUACCUAGUGUAUCGAUUAUUCUUGUCCUGGUAAUGGCCCAUCACAGUACAGGAUUCUGAGUAUCAAAUCAGACCAGCAGCAGUUAUUCCAGACAAUUGCUGGUGGUGAAUAUAUUGGAAGAAAUUACUCAGCCUUAAAAGCAAGACUUUUCCCCUGAUUAUCACUGUAAAUCUAUG